GCCUUUAGGGGGAUGCCGUGCUCUUUGCAUUUUGAUUAAAGCCCCUCAUCUCCCUUCAGUGUGAAGGCAGGGCGCCGGAGCGGAGGGGCCUGCACAGGGGCUGUGCAAAGAGGAGAGAGAGAGAGACCCCCCCCCUCCCCCCCGCAAAAAAGCAACCCCCCCAACCUCCCUCUGGUUGUCACUGAUGGCUCUAUAAGAGGAAUCAUCUCUGGGAAUAUUGUGGAGGGGACGGAGCCGGUCCGCAGCGAAGGCGCCCGGGUUUCACGCACGCUCCAGGGCGCCCAGCAUGGAGAUGCAGAGGUGGUCCACAAGGUGGAAAACGAAAAGGUGGCGCUGGGACUCCUCUCUAACCCUAGUCCUCACGUUUACUGUCCUUCUCCAGGCUGCAGAGGUCAGAGGAGCUGAACCAGUUGAUGUGCUAAAAGCAUUAGAAUUUCACAAUUCACCAGAAGGAGUAUCGAGAACAGCAGGAUUUUGCACAAAUAGAAGGGAUUCAAAAGGAUCAGAUGUCGCUUACAGAGUUUCAAAAAAUGCACAACUCAGUGCCCCAACAAAGCAACUGUACCCAGGUGGAAACUUCCCUGAAGAUUUUUCAAUAUUAUUGACCAUGAAACCUAAGAAGGGGAUCCAAUCCUUCCUUUUAUCUAUCUACAAUGAACAGGGUAUUCAGCAAGUAGGUGUGGAAGUUGGUAGAUCCCCUGUCUUCCUGUAUGAAGAUCAACAUGGGAAACCUACCCCAGAAGAUUAUCCUCUUUUUAGGACAGUCAACAUUGCAGAUGGCAAGUGGCAUCGGGUAGCAAUCAGUGUAGAGAAGAAAACUGUUACCAUGAUUGUUGACUGUAAAAAGAAAACCACAAAACCACUUGAGAGAAGUGACCAAGCAAUUGUUGACACCAAUGGCAUCGCCGUCUUUGGAACCAGGAUUCUUGAUGAAGAAGUUUUUGAGGGUGAUAUCCAGCAGCUAUUGAUUAUAGCUGAUCCCAGAGCAGCAUAUGACUAUUGUGAGCAUUAUAGCCCAGACUGUGAUUCCCCUGUGCCCAAUGCUGCUCAAGCUCAAGAUCCUCAAGUUGAUGAGUACCUACCAGAAGAUCUAAUCGAAUAUGACUAUGAGUAUGGGGAAGCAGAUUAUAAAGAGACUGACACUGUUACAGAGGGACCCCCACUAUUUGAGGAGACAGUUGCACAAACUGAGAAAAAGAAAGCCAAAGCCAAAGGGAAGAUGACGACAAUGGCUGCUUACUCAAAGGACAAACCUAAAAAGAUCACAACAAAAAUAUCUGAAAAAUUUGUAUCCAAGAAGAAGAAAAGUUACCAAGAAGCAGCUAAAGGCAAACUAGGGGUAAAGGCCAACGUUGUUGAUGAAUUUCAAGAGUAUAGUGUAACUGAAACUGACUACAGUUCCCAAACAGAAGCUCCCACCCAGACUACUGAACCAAAUGAGCAAAAUCCCGUUGAAGAAGUAUUUACUGAAGAAUACGUAACUGGAGAGGAUUAUGAUUCAGAAAAUAAAAAAACUGAGGAAACUGAAUAUGAAAACAGAAGAGUAGACCUCAGUGAAUCUGACCUUCUGGUAGAUGGAGAUUUAGGCGAAUAUGAUUUUUAUGAAUAUAAAGAAUACGAAGAAAAACCCACCGAUCACACUAAUGAGGAGUUUGGUCCAGGUGUUCCAGCAGAGACUGAUAUCACAGAAACAAGCGUGACUGGACAUGGUAUUUAUGGAGAAAAAGGACAGAAGGGGGAACCAGCUGUGAUUGAACCUGGAAUGCUUGUUGAAGGACCACCAGGAGCAAGAGGACCUCCUGGUCUUACAGGUCCUCCAGGUUUACAGGGUGCUGUUGGUCCUCCAGGUGAUCCUGGUGAGAGGGGCCCACCAGGACGUGCUGGCCUUCCAGGAGCUGAUGGUUUAGCUGGUCCCCCUGGUACCAUGUUAAUGUUGCCAUUCCGCUUUGGUGGUGAUGGGGAGAAAGGUCCAACAAUCUCAGCUCAGGAAGCUCAAGCCCAAGCAAUUCUUCAGCAGGCUAGGAUUGCUAUGAGAGGGCCACCUGGCCCCAUGGGACUCACUGGAAGACCAGGUCCUGUGGGUGGACCAGGUUCAUCUGGUGCUAAAGGUGAAAGUGGUGAACCAGGUCCUCAGGGUCCUCGAGGUAUUCAAGGUGCUAUUGGUCCAAGUGGAAAACGGGGUAAAAGGGGUCGCCCAGGUGCUGACGGUGCUAGAGGGAUGCCAGGAGAACCAGGAUCGAAGGGUGAUAGAGGGUUUGAUGGUCUUCCUGGUCUGCCUGGUGAAAAAGGUCACAGGGGAGAUCGUGGCUCACAAGGACCUCCUGGUUUACCCGGUGAAGAUGGAUCAAGAGGAGAAGAUGGGGAAGUUGGACCAAGAGGUCUUCCAGGUGAAGCUGGCCCACGUGGAUUAUUAGGCCCAAGAGGCACACCUGGUCCCCACGGACAACCUGGUGUUGCAGGUGUUGAUGGCCCCCCAGGCUCAAAAGGAAAUAUGGGUCCUCAAGGGGAACCAGGGCCUCCUGGUCAACAAGGAAUCCCAGGGCCUCAAGGGCUUCCUGGUCCACAAGGUCCUAUUGGGCCUCCUGGUGAAAAAGGACCACAGGGUAAGCCUGGCCUUCCUGGACUUUCUGGUGCUGAUGGGCCUCCCGGUCAUCCUGGAAAGGAGGGUCAGUCUGGAGAGAAAGGUGCUCUGGGUCCUCCAGGUCCUCAGGGUCCAAUUGGUUAUCCUGGUCCUCGUGGUGUUAAGGGAGCUGAUGGUGUCCGUGGCCUGAAAGGCUCCAAAGGGGAAAAGGGUGAAGAUGGCUUUCCAGGAUUUAAAGGUGAUAUGGGCCUUAAAGGUGACAGAGGAGAAGUAGGUCAGUUGGGUCCACGAGGAGAAGAUGGCCCAGAAGGUCCUAAAGGUCGAGCAGGUCCAUCAGGAGACGCAGGUUCAGCUGGUCCAGCUGGUGAAAAGGGUAAACUUGGUGUUCCAGGAUUGCCAGGUUAUCCAGGAAGACAAGGUCCAAAGGGAUCCACUGGUUUCCCUGGAUUCCCAGGUGCCAAUGGAGAGAAAGGUGCAAGGGGUUUACAUGGCAAGCCCGGUCCGAGGGGACAACGUGGACCAACAGGUCCACGAGGCUCAAGAGGCCCAAGAGGUCCCACUGGAAAACCAGGCCCUAAGGGCACUGCAGGCAAUGAUGGCCCCCCAGGACCACCAGGCGAAAGGGGACCACAAGGGCCUCAAGGACCUGUUGGAUUCCCAGGACCAAAGGGACCUCCUGGGCCACCUGGAAAAGAUGGCUUGCCCGGGCACCCAGGGCAGCGGGGUGAAACUGGUUUUCAAGGAAAAACUGGACCUCCGGGCCCAGGUGGUGUUGUUGGCCCCCAGGGUCCUACUGGUGAGACUGGCCCAAUUGGUGAAAGAGGUCACCCAGGUCCUCCAGGCCCACCGGGGGAACAAGGCCUUCCAGGUGCUGCAGGGAAGGAAGGCGCUAAGGGUGAUCCAGGUCCUCAAGGCAUCUCUGGAAAAGAUGGGCCAGCAGGUCUUCGUGGUUUUCCAGGAGAAAGAGGCCUUCCAGGAGCUCAGGGCCCAGCUGGUUUAAAAGGAGGAGAAGGCCCACAAGGCCCACCUGGACCAAUUGGUUCACCGGGUGAACGUGGAACAGCAGGUACUGCUGGUCCAAUUGGUCUGCCAGGUCGCCCAGGUCCCCAGGGUCCCCCAGGUCCAGCAGGAGAAAAGGGUGCUCCUGGUGAAAAGGGUCCUCAAGGUCCAGCUGGACGUGAUGGAGUACAAGGUCCUGUAGGUCUGCCAGGUCCUGCAGGGCCUGCUGGUUCUCCUGGAGAAGAUGGUGACAAAGGAGAAAUUGGUGAACCAGGUCAGAAAGGCAGUAAAGGUGACAAGGGAGAAAACGGUCCUCCUGGGCCACCAGGUCUUCAAGGUCCUGUUGGUGCCCCUGGUAUAGCUGGAGGUGAUGGAGAGCCAGGUCCCCGAGGUCAACAAGGCAUGUUUGGGCAGAAAGGUGAUGAAGGUUCUCGAGGUUUCCCUGGUCCUCCAGGCCCUAUUGGUCUUCAGGGUCUACCUGGCCCACCAGGUGAAAAGGGAGAAAAUGGUGAUGUUGGCCCAAUGGGUCCACCCGGUCCGCCAGGUCCAAGAGGUCCUCAGGGUCCUAAUGGAGCUGAUGGUCCUCAAGGUCCCCCAGGCUCAAUUGGCUCUGUUGGAGGUGUUGGUGAGAAGGGUGAACCUGGUGAAGCAGGUAAUCCUGGACCUCCUGGAGAAUCUGGUACAUCUGGCCCAAAAGGUGAAAGAGGAGAAAAAGGUGAAGCUGGACCACCUGGGGCAGCUGGACCUGCAGGUGCCAAAGGCCCUCCAGGCGACGAUGGGCCUAAGGGUAAUCCAGGACCUGUUGGAUUCCCUGGAGAUCCUGGACCCCCUGGUGAACCUGGCCCUGGUGGUCAGGAUGGCACUGGUGGGGAGAAGGGUGAAGAUGGUGACCCUGGUCAGCCUGGUCCACCAGGCCCUUCAGGUGAAGCUGGCCCACCUGGUCCUCCUGGGAAGAGAGGCCCUCCUGGAGCAUCUGGAGCUGAGGGCAGGCAAGGUGAAAAAGGUGCAAAGGGUGAGCCUGGUUCAGAAGGUGCUGCUGGGAAAACAGGUCCAGUUGGUCCCCAGGGACCUGCAGGAAAAUCUGGCCCAGAGGGUCUCCGCGGUAUUCCUGGCCCUGUGGGAGAACAAGGGUUACCUGGAGCUCCAGGUCAAGAUGGCCCACCAGGUCCCUUGGGUCCACCUGGUUUGCCUGGAUUGAAGGGAGAUCCAGGUUCCAAGGGUGAGAAGGGACAUCCAGGUUUGAUUGGUCUGAUUGGACCUCCGGGAGAACAGGGUGAAAAGGGUGACAGGGGUCUCCCAGGUGCACAAGGAUCUCCUGGAGCCAAGGGCGAUUCGGGCAUUACUGGUCCUGCUGGUCCACUUGGCCCCCCUGGUCCUCCUGGUCUACCUGGUCCUCAAGGUCCAAAGGGUUCUAAAGGAUCCACAGGUCCUGCUGGUCAGAAGGGUGAUGGUGGUUUACCAGGGCCCCCUGGUCCUCCUGGUCCUCCAGGCGAGGUAAUCCAGCCUUUGCCUAUCCAAUCACCCAAAAAGACAAGAAGAUCUUCAGAUUACAUGUUGGCUGCUGCAGGUGAUAAUAUCCUGGAUUACUCAGAUGGCAUGGAGGAGAUCUUUGGUUCACUCAAUUCUCUGAAGCAAGACAUUGAGCAUAUGAAAUAUCCAAUGGGAACUCAGAAUAACCCAGCCCGAACUUGCAAAGAUCUACAACUCUGCCACCCUGACUUCCCAGAUGGUGAAUAUUGGAUUGAUCCUAACCAGGGCUGCUCUGGAGACUCCUUCAAAGUGUACUGUAAUUUCACAGCAGGUGGGGAAACUUGCAUCUAUCCAGAUAAGAAAUCUGAAGGAGUAAGAAUUUCAACAUGGCCAAAGGAAUAUCCAGGAACCUGGUUUAGUGAAUUUAAGAGAGGCAAACUGCUUUCCUAUUUGGAUGUUGAAGGCAAUGCCAUUAAUAUGGUCCAAAUGACAUUCCUUAAACUACUGAGUGCCUCUGCAAGACAAAAUUUCACUUACAACUGUCAUCAGUCAGUAGGUUGGCAUGAUGCAUCAUCUGACAGCUAUGACAAAGCGCUGAGGUUCUUAGGAUCAAAUGAUGAAGAGAUGUCUUAUGACAACAAUCCUUACAUCAAAGCUCUUCAUGAUGGUUGUGCAUCUAGAAAAGGCUAUGCGAAGACUGUGAUCGAAAUCAAUACACCUAAAAUAGACCAAGUGCCUAUUGUUGAUGUGAUGAUUAAUGACUUUGGUGAUCAGAAUCAGAAGUUUGGAUUCGAAGUUGGUCCUGUCUGUUUCCUUGGUUAAGUUUAGGGCAGAGAGCAGAACAACAAACAUUGUGCCUUGGUGCUACCAACCCACUUCAUGCCACAUGCAAGUUUUGAAUAAGGAUGGUAUAGAAAAUCUGUCUGGCUGUGUGUGUGUAUCUUACCUAGAAAGUACUUGUUGCCCUUGUAGGGCCAGAAUCACAUAACUUAAACUUAUUUGGAAAAUCAUGAAGGACAUAAAAAUGCUGUGGCCGUGUUAGACAGCAUAGGCUAAUUUUAUGAACACCCCCUUUGGACUCUUCUGGUGCUGUAAAAAAAAAAUAAUGUCAUGGUGCUCCUUUCAUUACAACAAAGUGGUGUUAGGAAAGUGUUUAACAAACUGUAAUUAUUCUAUGUACAGUACUGUACUGUUAUUUCUCUGUCCAUUUCCAAAACUUGCAUGUGUCUCUGAUUGCAUCUGGCUCCUAUUUUAUAAUUGCAAAAUGACGUUGUCAAUACUGUGUAUGUAUUAUGAAAAAUAAAGUUGUAAUUGACAGUGAAUCCAAUUCAAUUUCCUGAUUAAUAAUAAAAAUCCCUUUGUAUAUAUUGAUGUUGAAGAGCUUUGUUAUUUGAAGUCACCAGCAAAAACUUUGGGUGACAAAACUGGAAGACGUUUGGCAGCACACUUAAAACAACACUUCUCUGCAGAUACUACUUUAUGAUGAUAAUUUCAAGAAUGAAUGCACCCGUUAAGGUGCUGUAUUCCAUGGUGCUAUACCUCAGACUUUUAUUUUCCUGUUCAGAUUUCAGAAUUUCUUAAGAUACCUGUAUAUACCUAAAAUAAGUAAGUUUAUUUUUGGGUGCGGGAAAUGUCUAUGAAGAAGGAUGAAGGGGGAAAAAAAAAAAAAAGCUCAAGCGUAAGAAAUCUGUUCAAGUCUAUGUGAAGUAAAUGGUUAGUCAUAUAGCCUUCCCUUUUUUGUAUCUCAUCUUCAUUGUGCUUCUUUGAUCCACAUAAAUAUUAAAACUGGAUUCUAAAAAUUAUUUAUGGAUUUGUGCAGUGUUUACUUGGAUUUUAUGUGAACAAUGAUAAGUAUUUGCUUCCUGAAACAGAUACAAAAUUCUACACGUAAUACCCCAUAUAUGAUUUAUCCAUCCUGCAAAUGUGAUUUUUUUUCCCCCAUUAUUUUUUUCAAGCUUAGGGACACAAUAUGUCUAGGUCAUGUGAUUCUACCUAGUUGCCAAGCAACAUAUGAGGGAACUGCUACCUACAGAGCUUGUUUCUGACCCAAACUGUUACAAUUUGCAAUUCAAAUCUCCCAAAAGAGGUGGGUUUGUCCUUCCUUUAAAUAUUGUUUAGGUAGUGGGAAGUAGAAAUAACAUUUUGACUUUACAAAACAAAUCCUUUUGUAAUUAUUUUUCAUAAUAUAUGUAAGACUUGAAAAUAAAUGUUUGUUAUUUCUUAUAUAAAUUGUUAACUUAAUUGGUACCAGAUUCCACUGGCUCAUUUCCAAAUGGUAUUUUAUCAUGCAAGAUUAUACGUGUGUAAAAGUGAGAUUUAAAAAGUCAACUUUUGCUGUUCAGAAUUUCUUAUAUUUUUGAACCAAAGUUUGUAAUUGUCACCUCAAAGAGGGAAAAUACAAAUUUUAUUAAUAAAAUCAAGUCUUGUCUA